CUAAUCUACUCGUGGAUCCGGAUGAUACUGAUUUUUGGAUUGCUUCUACUACAGUGGCGACAACUGAUGAGAAUGUACAACGAACACAGACUGGCGGAGUCUCAAAUGGUUUGGAACUGUACAUUUGUAUUCCCAUGGGUAUCAUAGCUUUCAUCUUACUUGUCAUUGGCUUUGUGUAUAUCCUGAUCAUUAGGAAGAAAAGACAAGUGAAAGGCGAGGAUGAUUAUGAGGAUACCAUGUACCAAAGGACAUCGAAAAUGCCAGCGUUUGUGACAAACCCGGUAUACAACUCAAAACACGUUCCGGUUCAAAGUAGGAGACUACCGGAAAUACCAGUA